AGAAAGUGAAAGUGAUGCUGCCAUAGUCGAGUCAAGUCGCGUCUUUUCCAUAGUAUUUUCCCGAAGGCUGUGGAUAGUCAAUGAGAUCGAUUAAGUAAGUGAAAUCUUUGCUUAAAAUAAAUAACUAUUAUGUUAUAUGCAGUGUUUUUGAUUCACAAAAAAAUACACUAUAGCCUGCAGGUGCAUGCAGUUCACAAAAAAAUGCACCCCUAAUGUUAGCCGAGUUUCUCAAAGUUGAGUAAACUCAGCUAUGUAAAAAUGUAUGAUGACGAUCCAGUUAUCGAUUUGUAUUUCACUCACAGGGAGAAGAACCCCUUGGACUUCUCAACUCAACAACAGUAGUCCAGCAAUCUAUGAGCUAAAACGAUAGCCCUGAUGGCAGGAAGCAUUUUCUCAGUGUUCAGCCGUAGUUUCAAUCAACCUUUCAGGAGUAGGUUACAAGGUAGGGCUUGGACUAUAUGCAUAUGGUGGAAAGUAGAUAUUGAAACAAGCCAAUGGGCUGGUUAUUUUUCCCUGAUCUCGGAACAUGUUUUACACUAUUCCCUAUAACUGAACCCUACUGAGCCGCUAUAGGGUCCUGAGUUUCCCUGUUCUGAUCACAUGGUCAGGAACAAAUUCUGACCAUAAUCAACAGUAGCAUCACUGCACUUUACACCACACACUUUGCAUUGAUCAAUAUGGUCACUAGCACAGGAGGCUGCUGACGGGAAGACGGCUCAUGAUAAUGGCUGGAAGGAGUGAAUGGAAAUGGCGUCUAACACAUGGAAACCAUUCCACUGAUUCCGCUCCAGCCAUUACCACCAGCCCGUCCACCCCAAAUUAAGGUGCCACCAACCUCCUGUGAGACAUAAUCAAUUAUUAUUACUUAACUGUCUGGAUAGAAUUGAGGCAUGCAGCUAUGUUGUUCUGAUCAUAUUGAUGCCCAUAGGCCUGAGAGGUCUGAUGAACUAUGGCCUGUCAUGCUGUGUGAACGCUCUGCUGCAGUCCUUCUCUGCCACCUGGGAACUGGUAGACCUGCUAGACAGGUAAGCAAGGUGGCAGGUUACAAUACUUUGCUAUUAAGAAUCAACAUGUAACAAAGACAUUAGUUAGGAUACUGGUGUUUAACAGGCUGCUUGUGGGAAAGCAUUGAGUGCUGGGAAUGUUAUGUUCUUAGGUGGAACCCAGUUGAUAAGUACAAGGAGAGUGUCCCUCUGCAGCUGAGGAAGGUGCUACUAGCCAUGCAGAGUGACCAGUCCCAGCCUGCUCCUCAUCAAGACUUCCUGCACUGCCUGGACAGAAAUUACAUCCGCCGUAUGAGUAGUCUACCUGUCAUUACAGGGAGAAAAAAAGCAAUGACAUGGGUCAAUUUCACCCAACUCAAAUUCGGACUUAAAUUAUGAAUUACAAAUAAUAUAAUAUUUCUGUCUGCAACUUUAACAUUGACAAGAAUAUGUUUCACAGUCCAUGUUCAGCAUGAUGCAGAUGAGGUAUUCCUCUCCAUUCUAAACCUUAUCCAACAACAGAUGAGUGACAAGGCCUUGGUAUGUACUACCUAAAUUUACAUUAUAUUAGAUCAACUAAAAAUAACAACAGGGACACCCAACAAAAAGCAUGUUGGAGAUGAUACGAUAGGAAGUUUCUCUGUCUGUGUUCCCCAGGCUCAGGAGAUUCAGUCUCUGUACAAGGUUACCAUGGAGACGUACCUUCAGUGUCUAGAAUGUACAUACAUCGAAUCUGGGACCAGCUUUCUGCUCAGCCUCCCCAUGCACUUAAAGGACAGCCACAACUCCCUGGUGAGGGUUCCCUCAAACUUGGGAUUCUGUUCAAAGUACUUAGCCAUGAAUGUUUAAUUUUUCUUUUUUUAAACUGUCAAAGGAAGGAUGUGGUUUGUUUAAAAUGAAAACUGAGUCUCUGUGUCUUUCCCAUACUGUUGUCUUCCAGGAUGACUGUAUACGGUUAUUCUUCGAGCUUCAGGAGCUAAGGGACAGGGAUAACUGCUACUGUGAGAGGUGUGGAGAGAAGAAGCCAUCCAAACAGGUCAGUUCUUUCUAACUGAAAGGAUGUUCCAAUGUAGAGACUGUUGUGAUUUGCCUGUUCACUGAAUUACUCUUGGUUCUUAUGUAGGGCUUCAAACUCAUCUCCCUGCCCCCUAUCUUGUGUCUUCACCUGAAGAGAUUCCGUAAUUCCCGUGGUUACACCAGGAAACUACACUGCAAAGUCACCUUCCCAGAAACCCUGAACAUUUCUGAGAUCUUGACAGCAGAGGCACUGUCACAAAGUUAUGUACAGGUAGGUAGGCAUAUGUUUACCAUUUUUGUUUGAGGUAUACUAAUAUACAACAUUAUGCACAUAAAUAAAAUGACACAUGGGCCUACAUAAACCCAAUUACAUUUUAUCACAACAUCAUUGGAGGGGAAUAGUACAGCUGUACUGACAGACAUCAGUACAGGAAUUGUUCAUGCUUUCAGAGUGACAGCCAGUAUAGUUUGUGUGCAGUCAUAGUGCACUCUGGCGAUGCCAUGUUUGGACACUACACAGCGUACGUUCGUCACAAGAAGGACCAGAGCUGGUACUACGCUGAUGAUAGUAAUGUACGGCAGGUAAGAGAAAAUGAGUGGAAGAAUGUUUACACCACUCAGCAAGUUUGUAUUAUACAUAUACGUUUCUUUGGUGUCAUUAAAAGUAACAUAACAUUUGCACAAACACAGGUUAGCUGGGAGGAAGUACAGAACACCUAUGGAGGAAGUGAAAGGUAAGGAUCUAUCACAAAAUGUUCAAUUGCUUCUCUUUAGAAUGGUGACAACGCUCAGUAAUAUACAUGAUCAAUUCUGGGGGGGGCAAUGCCGUCAGUUGACAGGUGUCUUAUCCUUUGUUAACAGAGAAGGCACAGCAUAUAUGCUGCUCUACAGACGAACCCCCGAGGGAAAGCAACAGGAGUGGUCCUCAGGCUGACAGAGCUAAAGGGAUAAAGAGUGGAGACUGGAGACCAUAGGAAUCAAGGACCAAACACAAGGUGCACUCACUGCUGGGUGAACUACCUAUUGUAGGGGUUGUUGUCUUCAUGUAGAAUUGGUAAUAGAAUUUAGGUUGAUGAUUUUCAUUUUCAAAUGAUGGGUAAUGGGUCAUUGUUUAUGUGCAAUUACAUUUAUUUGUUUAAGUAUAUUUGGUGUGGUGUGUAUAUGUUUUGAGAUAUUGUUUAUGCUGGAUACGUUGGACAUUCAUAGCACAUUACUGAGUUUAGCCAAUAGGUGGAGGCGAAGACCCUUCACCCUGUCAUUAGUACAGUCAUCUUGUAAGCUUCAGAGACCGCACGUUCUGAAACCACUAUAAGACAGGGGUGGUUUGAAGAGAGUGCUGUGUUGAGGUAUUUUGGGGGAAAACCUGAAAAAGGCCAUUGACUCAUUGGUGAUAAUAUUUGCCUGUCAUGGAAAAGAUGUGACUCACUUAGUUUCAGAACAAUUGGUUAAUUCAGUAGUUACCGUUACUCUGUUCUGUUUUGAUUUCACUACCGUUAUAAUGCUGUCAACAGAGCAAUAAACUGUCAUUUUCACAGCUAGCA